CCUGUCAGUAGCCAGUCAAGUUGCCGUGAUCUCCCCACAAGAGACACACACUCACUUUGGUGCCACUUUGACUAGUCCCUGGCACAUGGGCAGGAGACUCAGAGGAGCCCAAUGACUGAGGGUCAUGCCUGGAGCUUGGCUUUUCCUUCUGUUGCUAAAAUCUUUCUCCUGCCAGGGAGUUGCAGUGGGAGAUGAUGGGGUUAAUAACCUAACGAUGGCUGUACUGCUCCCCAAAACCAACCGAGUGUACCCCUGGGCAUGGCCGAGAGUGGGGCCGGCUAUUCAGCUAGCCAUAGACCGGAUUAAUAACGACCCCAGCCUCCUCCCUGACCUCCAUGUACAGACCUUCUUCGGCAACAGUGAAGACAAGGAUGGCGUCUGCUCCGACUCAACGGCACCCGUAGUAGCAGUGGAUCUCCAGUUCACCCAUCACCCCGAAGUCUUCUUGGGACCCGGCUGUAUUUACACAGCAGCACCGGUUGCCCGCUUCACUGCCCACUGGAAGGUCCCCCUUAUCACUGUGGGGGCCUCCGCCUAUGGCUUCAACGACAAAACCGACGUCUACCACUACACCACCAGGACUGGGCUCAUCCCCACCAAACUGGGCUUGUUUGUGGGUCACUUACACCAGAUGUACAACUGGACCAGUCGGGCUAUGAUUGUCUAUAGGGACAGCAACGUGGACGACCGCCCUUGUUUCUUCACCAUGGAGGGUCUCUAUAUGGAACUGCUCAAGUUCAACUUGACUGUGGUGGACCUUCAAUUCAAAGACAAGGAGCUCACCAAUUACACCACCCUCAUUCAGGACAUCAAGCAGAAGGGACAGAUUAUCUACAUGUGCUGUUACCCCGACAUGUUCCGCCAGUUAAUGAUCCAGGCCUGGCGGGAGGGGCUCUGCUCUGGAGACUUUGCCUUCUUCUAUGUGGAUGUGUGGGGUGCCAGCCUGCAGAGCUCCAUCUUCCCCGACCCCAAGCGCCCCUGGUACAGAGGAGACGCAGAUGAUGCCAAAGCCAGGGAGGCAUUUAAGGCAGUGAUGAUCAUUACGUAUAAAGAGCCGGACAAUCCUGAGUACAAGGAAUUCCUGGCAAAUCUGAAUCGUUUCAGCGGGGAGCCCUUCCACUACAAGGAGGAGAGCACAUUGAUGAAUGCCCUCGCAGCAUCAUUCCAUGACUCAGUACUACUCUAUGCUCACGCCGUCAAUGAGACCCGAAAUAACGGAUACAGCAUGAAGAACGCGUCCGCCGUCACCAGCCACAUGCGAAAUAAAUCCUUCUAUGGGGCUUCUGGGUUUGUGAAGAUCGAUGACAGUGGUGACCGGGAGAAUGACUUUUCCCUGUGGGACAUGUAUGAAGCCCACGGAACAUUCCAGAUUGUGUCUCAUUACAAUGGGACGCUGAGAAAGAUCAUUCCGGUGCCGGGGCAGGAGAUCCAGUGGCCAGGAAACCGGAUCCCAAGGGAUUUCCCCCCCUGCGGAUUUGAUCACAGUAACCCCGAGUGCAAGAAAUCCAGUUUCACCAUCCUGGAGAUCAUGUCUAUAGUCAUCUGCUUCAUCCUCCUGAUCAUCACUAUAUCCUCCAUCUUUAUAUACAGGAAGCUCCGGCUGGAGAAGGAACUGGCAGCAGAGCUGUGGCGAAUCCGCUGGGAGGACAUCCAUAGCAGCAACUUGGAGAAGAACUUGCGCAGGGCAGGCAGCAAACUUACCUUAUCACUGAGAGGCUCCAACUAUGGCUCCCUGAUCACCACAGAAGGUCAAUUCCAAAUCUAUGCCAAGACUGCAUAUUACAAGGGCAACAUCAUCGCAGUUAAGCACAUAAACCGCAAGCGGAUAGAGUUGACUCGCAAUGUCCUGUUUGAGCUGAAACAUAUGAGAGAUGUGCAGAACGAACACCUCACUCGCUUUGUCGGCUCCUGCAUUGAUCCCCCAAACAUCUGCAUCCUGACAGAGUAUUGCCCCAGAGGCAGCUUGCAGGACAUUCUGGAGAACGAGAGCAUCACGCUGGAUUGGAUGUUCAGAUACUCACUAAUUAAUGACAUCAUAAAGGGGAUGCUCUUCCUACACAACAGCGUCAUUGUGUCGCACGGGAACCUCAAGUCGUCCAACUGUGUUGUGGACAGUCGCUUUGUGCUGAAGAUCACAGAUUAUGGACUUGCCAGUUUCCGCUGCCCGCCCGAUUCCGAGGACAUCCACGCCUAUUUUGCUAAGAAGCUGUGGACCUCCCCUGAGCUGCUAAGAAUGGAAACUCCGCCUCCGCAGGGCACCCCAAAAGGAGACGUGUACAGCUUUGGAAUCAUCCUACAGGAGGUUGCCCUGCGCAAUGGAGUUUUCUACGUGGACAAUGCCGAAUACAGUCCUAAAGAGAUCAUAGAGCGAGUGAGGAGCAGAGAGAAGCCAAUAUUCCGACCCUCCACCAACCUGUACUGCCAUAUCCAGGAGCUGGGGCAGCUGAUGCAGAGAUGUUGGGCAGAGGAUCAGUUCGAGAGGCCGGAUUUCAACCAGAUCAAAGUGCAACUGCGCAAGUUCAACAGAGAGAGCAGCACUAACAUCUUGGAUAACCUGCUGUCCCGCAUGGAGCAGUAUGCCAAUAACCUGGAGGAGCUGGUGGAGGACCGCACACAGGCCUACCUGGAGGAGAAGCGUAAGGCAGAGGCACUGCUCUAUCAGAUCCUGCCCCACUCGGUGGCUGAGCAGCUGAAGAGAGGGGAGACCGUACAGGCCGAAGCCUUUGACAGCGUCACCAUUUACUUCAGUGAUAUUGUGGGGUUCACAGCACUAUCAGCAGAGAGCACCCCAAUGCAGGUGGUGACGCUGCUGAAUGACUUGUACACCUGCUUUGAUGCCAUUAUAGACAAUUUCGAUGUGUACAAGGUGGAGACCAUUGGUGACGCUUACAUGGUAGUGUCCGGGCUGCCCGUACGGAAUGGGAAACUCCACGCCCGAGAAAUCGCCCGCAUGUCCCUCGCCCUGCUGGAUGCCGUUAAAAGCUUCAAAAUCCGCCACCGGCCUGAUCAGCAACUGCGACUUCGGAUUGGGAUCCACACAGGUCCUGUUUGCGCCGGGGUCGUCGGACUGAAAAUGCCUCGUUAUUGUUUGUUUGGAGACACAGUCAACACAGCGUCACGCAUGGAAUCCAAUGGGGAAGCCCUUAAGAUUCAUGUCUCUACGGCCACACACAGUGUCCUGGAGGAGUUGAACUGCUUCAUUCUGGAGCUGAGGGGAGACGUGGAGAUGAAGGGCAAAGGCAAGGUGAGAACGUAUUGGCUGCAGGGGGAGUGCGCCAGCAUCACACAUGGGUGACAAGGACUGGCUCUUCUAUAGAGACCUGUGACAAUGGGGGUCCCCAAUCCCCUCAACUUACUUUAUCUAUGGGUUGUGGCCACUACAUUCCUCCUCAUCCCCAAUGGAGAACAUUAUUGGGGUACUGGUGGGGGAAUCUCUGGACCCAUUUAAAGUGUUUAGUGUCUCAAGCUGAUGCCAAAUGGAACCAUGUGACCCAGGACUCCACGUCGAUUCGGAUGCCACGAGAGGACCAAUUGGGGGUGCUGGUUUGUAUGAUGGAGCUACCAGGACUGAUUGUGAGACCCCCCCACUGUGCCGCCUGUAGAACGGGCAUGAGAACUGGGCACAGUCAGGAGGGGAUUCCCGUGUAGAGCCCACAAAUGUGAAACACCUUGCCAUAAAGAUUUCUGAACUGGGUAGUGGUGGUGCCCGUAAAUGCUCAGUGGGAAAGGGCAGAUAAAAUGUGGUUUUCUUAUUGGUGUAGUUCAGCGCAGGCUGGCGAGGGCUGCUGGGUAAUGUAUUGCCCCCUGGUGGCCGCCAUUAUUUACACCAUCUGUUGUGCCAACUCUCUGUUGCUUUGGUGGCAGUUUCCAUGAGAUGCCCCUGGCAGAACCAUCUCUCGGCAUGCUGGGAAAAACAUGGCGGCGGAGUGUGAAUGGUUUAGUCUCCUUGCUCAUCUGGUUUAAUAAUCUCCCGGUCUGAAUAUACAUCUAGCUGCCAGCUCACUAAUCACAGUGCCCCUCUAGCUGCCAGUUCAUUGCCCGUCUGUGCCCGCGCUUCUCCCAAUCAUUCUGUCAAUAGGCGACUGCAGUAAUUGGCCAAUUUAUUCCUGAGGAACAUGUUCUGCUGCUGCGGAGAAUAAAGAGCAUUUAGAUGAAAGCUUCCCCCUCUUUAAUCCCCUCCUUCCUAAAGCUUUGCCCCUCACUCCUCCAGUCAGCAGGCUGUUGUUGAACUACAAAUGCUCCCACCCUGCUCCCUGUCCUUAUAUCCCUCCUCUCCUGAGCCAUGGGGGGCACCAUUCCAGCUGAGAUAGGGGCCUGAGAGAAUGCAAUGUCCUUAGUAAACAGGGGCCAGGGUUGUUAUAAUAGAAAAGAAAUGCUGUGACAUCACACAGCCCUUGCCUGAACAGCUUACACUCUAAUGCAGCUAAUAGGGAGGCAGAAGGGAGCACAUAAGGAAGACUGGCGUCAGUAAAUAGAAGCAUGUGGGCAUUUGUGAAUUAAGAGCAAUGAUCCGUGCUGGAAUGGGCCGAGAUGUGAGCAGAAUGCGGAAUAUGAAAGAGACAAGAUAAAAAUUCCACGGAAAGAUAAAAGGAGUUGGGAUCUUAAACGCCAGGUUUUUUUCCUGAGACUGGAGCGGAUGAGGUGUAGGGAAUGUCUGUCUCCAGCAGAACAUCUGUUCCCCCAUACGGUGACAUUCCGCAGGCCUGGAGCAAUCGCUACCCAUGGGGAGACGGGUCAGGGGGGUCGUGGAUUACGUGCAACCCCCAUCAGUUCCUAUGGAGCCAGGAGGCUUAGUCGGAAACUUAAAGGGGAACUGCACAACUAAGUAUAGUAAAGGGGAUGCAUUUUGUUUGGAAUUUUAGGGUUGCCAUUCACAUUCAAAUUUGCAAGUGGACCCACAUCUUUACCUUGUCUGUGCCUAAAUAUUGUACAAUAAUCUGCAUUGUGGGCUUAAUACAUGAUAAAUUGUGUUCAA